AUGACAUACAUAAGCACACAAAAGCCAGACUCCCCUGCGCCGCAGAGUAUGUCCCUUGAAGAGCUCAAGCAGGGUCUGCUGGACUUGGCAAUUGAGAGAACUGAAAGCAUAGCACACAGCGAGCUGGUCAAAAUCCUCACAACAGUCGGGAAUAGGCUAACACUCUUCGAAGCAAACCAGGUGCUAUCUCUCAUUCCCGCAAAGAACGGAAUAAUCGAAAUAUCUGCGCUGAUCAGUGCACUAGAGGAGACGUCAGAAUAA